GAUGAAUUUAUCCGAUAGCCUCCUUAAGUUAACUUUAAAAAUUUGGAAAUUUUACUGCACGCACUUAAGACAGUGCUACCGAGUCCUUAAUUAGAUUACGAAGUGGAGGUAUCAAAUAUAUUUGGUAUACAUUCACAUCCAAUCACUCUUGAGCAGACGAAUAUGUACCGCUUGACAGACGCAAGGAUAACCCAAGAACGAGAGUUACCCCCCUUAGUCUUUUUUGGUUUCCCAGUUCUCGAUACAUCAGCAAACCAGAACUAGUUCGACUUCCGUAUCGAUCUAAAAAUCAAAAUGAAAGGCGUUAGCUAGCAAGGAUGGCCCUGGACUGUGUGAUGCUGACGAACCACCGUCCACAGCGUCAGCUCAUCACCCCGGCAACAACUGACCAAAAGCUCCUGGCUGCGAUCAAACACGAAUCUGUCUCCACGGUCGUGCAGCUUCUUGCGACAGGCGUCGACAUUAAUGGCAGGGGAGACAACUGCUGGACACCUCUCACGCUUGCUUGUCGUCUGGGGAGAAAGAGUAUUGUUAAAGUUCUGCUUGAAACGGAGGUGGAGCCUGACAACAACGUCUGUGCCAAAACAAGAUCCUGUCCAGCUACAUGUGACAUCAACAAGAGCAACGACAAUGGGGACACCCCCCUCAUCUGUGCAGCCAGGGAGGGUCACAUCGAGGUCGUCGAGGUCCUCCUGCAGGCCGGGGCCGACCCAAACCUCCCCAACCCGUACAGCAGCUUGACACCUCUUCUUGUUGCUAUUGACAACGGCCACAUUGAGACAGUGGCAUCUCUUCUGUCACAUGAGGCUGAUGUGCAGCUGACUGACAAUGUGAAAUUAACGCCAUUGUAUAUGGCCAUUAAGGUGAAGGACUGUGAUAUACGCGACAUACUCACUCAGCGGCUAAUACAAGCAGGCUGUGACGUGAAUAUUGGAAGUCAGGACCAUGCCCCCGUCUUCCUGGCAGCCAGACUUGGCUUCCUGUCCACUGUUGAGAUGUUGUGUGAAGCUGGUUGUGAUGUUGAUGUGUCCAACAAGUAUGGAGUCACCCCUCUCUAUGAGGCAGCAAUGAAAGGACACAAUGAUGUUGUGAAGUACUUGUUGUCUCGAGGCUGCGAACUCAACAAGCAGGACAUGUACGGCGUUGGACCCUUACACGUGGCAUCCGUCUUCAACAACGCGGCGGCAGUCAACAUCCUCAUCACAGCGGGCGCCAGUAUCAAGCAACGUGACCAGAGUGGCAGGUGUGCUGUACAUGCGGCGAUGGAGCAGGGCUUCGCAGACGUCGUGGAAGUAUUCCUGCGUCAUGGCGUGGACAUCACACAAGCUCCUACAAGUGUUAGAAAUGAGACUUCGUUAACACGGUAUGACUGGGAUCAUCAAUAUACCUUCGACUUAUCCUGGUUUCAGCACAAGCUGUCUUCCUUAAACAAGCUUUUUGAACAUGGCCACAGGGCUGUGAUCCGUGUCCUGAUGAGAGGCUGCACCCAGCUCCCUCUGUACCAGUGUCGGGCAGGGAUCAACGUCUUCAGAUCCGACCUUGACCUAGUGGAGCUGUUACUGGUGUCUGGUCUGAGAGGCAGUGCCAAUGUGUUCCUGAUGUCCCAGCAUCCAUCACAGCACCUGCUGGACCCCCAUGUCGCGGCAUGGCUGGACCGAUUCCACAGAACACCCCAGUCUCUGCAGAACCUCUCCCGCAUAAAGGUGCGCCGGUGCCUGGGGAACAAAGUCCUACACUUGGCUCCGCAACUGCCGCUUCCGAAGAGGUUGAUUGAGUUUUUAACCCUUUCUCCAUCUUGAGGUGGAAUAUGUGCCAACUAAAACACAUGUGUUAUCCCAGUGAUUUUUACUUUGUAUUCAAUGAAACCUUAACCCAAACGUUGAAGGGGACGUACCGUCCUGCCUUGCGCUCCAUCAACACUAGGCUCUAGGGUGGCUAUAGUUCAGAGUCUUGCUGUACGUGAUUGACUAUUUGCUGUGCAUUUCGGUCUCACUCUGAAACUCUCUACGUCCCUUAGGUAUUGCUAGUGGAAAAGCCCUGCUU